GUACAACGCUGGACAGUUUGUGGACAGGCGAGAUCAAACGAUGGUCUGCGCUAAUUUCAUCACUGAUUGAUAUACUUUUCUUUGGGGCAAUCUUCUACGGAUUCAACGCACUGAUUCCACCAUAUGUUCAACUUGGCGUGUUUCAUGGCCACUGUAAUGGCACGGAAUGCAGUCAACAGUUAAACAUGUUUGGAAGCGCCUACAUAGCUGGAGUGGUUUCUCAGAUGUGUUUGGCUCCAUUAACCGGAAUUUUUAUGGAUCGAAUUGGACUCAGAGUUGCCAAAAUGACGUCUACUCUGAUCUUCUGCAUAGGGUGCUUUAUGUUUGCCUUUACCAGCCGUGAAUCUUCUUAUCUACUUUUUCCGGCAGUGAUUUUUGUGGCCGUUGGAUCGUUGGCUGGCAUAUUUUGCAACAAUCACAUUAGUUCCCUCUUUCCCAAGGCCCGUGGUUUAGUGAUUUCUGUACAGAACGGUGCCUACGAUUCCAGCGCUGUUGUUACGUUUAUUAUGGCAAAGACGUUUCCCCAGAUUUCCAUACAAACCUCCUUUGUAAUUCUUGGUUGCUGUUCAGUGGUCUGUGGUUGUCUGAUUGCCAUACUGUUCUUGAAUCAAUGGGGCAAAGACAUGGAACAACCUUGUUCAGUGACUGCUGAAAUGCAACUGGACUCACCUGAAGACCUCGUGGCAAAGAAUGAGGUCAAAACCAGGCGGUAUCAGAUUGAGGUGACCCGUGUGAUCCAGCGACGUUACCUGAACCUCAAACACUGUUUUCUAUCCUUGCCAUUUUUGCUAAUCAUUCUAUACUUUAUGCCUGGACUGCUACGCUUUUCAUUCUACUUUAGUCAGCUGAAUGCACAGCUCACUAACGCGUUCAACGACGAUCAUGUUAUCGUGAAACGACUGUUGGAAGCUUCCUCGGCCGUAUCAAUGUGCACCAUAUUAAUAUCACCAGCUACAGGAAUCUUGCUAGACCUAUGUCGGAUUGCCUUUGGGCGUCGACUGCAACAUCGCUUGAACAAUUUGCAACAUAGCAUUUCAGACGAACAAAUCUACUGGGCCCACUUACGUGCCAUGGGGCCAACUCUAUUCGUCAUUUCUUGUUUGUCGUUGUUCAUAAGUAUCGUACCCUACAUCAAGGGUUUAGAGUGGCUAUUCUACGUUACUUUUGUUGCCGUUGAAGCAUUUGCAUCCAUUUUGGCGAGUGUGACCAGCACAAUUGUAAUGAUUGCUUUCCCCGUGCAUUAUUUUGGAACUGUUUUGGGUGUGGUGACCUUCAGCGGUGGAAUUUUUUGCCUGAUACAGUACGGAUUGCUAAAAGCUCCUCUGAUGGUCGGCAAUGCAUUCAUGAUUAUCACUAGUUUGAUGAUGUUCAUUUCACCCACUGUGAUGUUGCUUCAGAACAGAU